UUUAUUGCGCAUUCGUGGUUUUAAUUAAAAGAGGAGGGGUGAAUUAAAACGUGGGAUAUUUCAACCAUCUUUCAAUUCUCAUUCUUCGGACGAUAACGUUGGAAUCUCAUCUUAAUUAAACAUCAUGUCAAACGAUGCAGAACGCUUUGGAGAUGGCAUCAGUGAAGGUGACUCUGGUGAAGAAGAGGAUGUCGGUGAUGAAAUUGCAGCACGUAUGUUACGGUGUCCUGAUGUUUUAGCUGCAAUACAGGGUCGUCUUCAUUCUGAAAUGCUUGCAGCACUUCCUCAAUCCGUAAAACGACGUAUUAAAGCAUUAAAGAAAAUUCAAUUGGAGUCAACAAAAUUAGAGGCACGAUUUUAUGAAGAAGUUCAUGCUCUAGAAUGCAAAUAUCACAAUUUAUAUAGUCCACAUUAUGAAAAACGAGAAACUAUUGUAACCGGGAAAUACGAACCUACCGAAGAUGAAUGUGAUUGGCCAUCAGAUGAUGAUGAAGAAAGCAAACCAAAAAUAACAGAAAUUGAUGAAAAGAAAGAAGACUCCACCGAAACCAAAAAGUUAGAUGAUAAUGUGAAAGGAGUACCAGAAUUUUGGCUAACGAUAUUCAAAAAUGUAGGAAUGCUUGCAGAAAUGGUACAUGAACAUGAUGAGCCUAUACUAAAACAUUUAACAGAAAUUAAAGUGAAUUUCCUUAAUGAUCCAAUGGGCUUCAAUUUAGAAUUUUAUUUUUCACCAAAUGAAUAUUUUACAAAUUCGGUACUCACAAAAGAAUAUUUAUUAAAAUGCGUUCCAGAGCAAGAUGAUCCAUUCAGUUUUGAGGGUCCUGAAAUUUAUAAAUGUAAGGGAUGUACAAUUGACUGGCAAAAAGGAAAAAAUGUUACAGUUAAAACAAUCACAAAGAAACAAAAACAUAAAUCACGAGGAUCGGUUAGAACCGUUACAAAAACAGUGCAAAACGAUUCAUUCUUCAAUUUCUUUUCACCUCCUGUAUUGUCCGAAGAUCCUAAAGCUGAAAUGGAUGAUGAAACAAGAGCCGUACUUACAACCGAUUUUGAGAUAGGUCAUUAUAUUCGUGAACGAAUUGUACCACGUGCCGUACUUUAUUAUACUGGUGAAGGAUUGGACGACGAAGAUGAUGAUUACGACGACGAAGAAGAAGAGGAUGAGGAAGAAGACGACGAAGAAGAGGUAAAGUUAUUCCAUGGAAUAAAAGGAAAAACUCCGAGCAAAGGCAAUCAACAUCAGUGAUGAAGAAGAAGAUAAAUAGCGAAUCGUGAUCUGCUCAAAAUUGUUUGUCGCACAGCAAGUAUUUUGAUGUUUAAAUAUCGUUUAUUGGAAAUAUUAUAAAUUGUUAAGUUAUUGUCUUUCAUUAUCCAAAUUUUGUAAUUAGCGGCUAUACAAUAAAAUUGUUAAAACAGG